CAAGGCAGAUGCACGUUCAGCUGAGCAGUCUAUUUUAAUUUCAUUAAGUCGAUGCUCAUAGAACAGUGCGGCUUUAUUCUCUUUAUCUGCUGUAUAUAUUGAACGCUUUGCAAAAUCACGCUUGAUUUAUUUUUGGUUUUAUGUCAGUGCGAAAGACAAGGCUUGCGUAGUAUUAUUUAAAGCCACGGUAAUCGAGUAGCCUAGGGCUAAUUGUACUGAACGGUUUCAGAGUUCUUCAGACGACAAACCAGUAAGGCUAUUUAUUACUUGGGCUGCUUAUGUAACCACAUGAAAUGUAAAUGAUAGCUAUCUCGUGGGCGUUAAGUUUAUUACAGUGGCUACGUUGUUGUUGGAUUUUAUUUCAUUUAGUCGCUUGUUCCUCAUAGCCAGUGUUCAUGCCAGAUCUGCAGCGCUUUAGGUUGUACAGUAGCAUGAAUCCUUUGUUGGGAGGGAACGCGCUUCUUCAACAACAACAGCAACAAAAUCAAGAGGGACCCAGUCAUCCGGAUUCGCCAUCGGGCCUUUUGCCCGAAGCUGCUCUAGGUGGUCCAUAUCCAUCUAUCAUCCUCGGGGAGCAAUCAGGGCUGGGUCUAGAGAACAUCUCAUUUUCUGGGCCGGAGUUGACGGCAUCCUCCCAGUCAGGUUUGGCAUACCUGCAUCUAAAUAAUUCCUUCCACCGCUCAGCAGCGCAACCCCCUGCAGCUAUGGCUUUAAGAAACGACCUGGGAUCGAACAUCAGUGUCCUUAAGACCCUCAAUUUGCGUUUCCGAUGUUUUCUAGCCAAGGUCCACGAACUAGAGAGGCGUAACAAGAUUUUGGAGAAACAAUUACAACAAGCACUUGAAAAUAACUGCGGAGAGAACGGAUGCGGUGACGAUAGAAGGGGACAUACCAGGGAGAUUGGUGUACAGACCGGGUUUGUCGGGACCAUCCCAGUGAGACCCGGGUCCCUCCCUUUUCUAAACACCAACAAUGCUGCCAAACGCCCGACCAGUUUGUUUACACCGCCUCUCACCUCCGUGCUCAAACUGGAAACUAAUAAAUGUGACGAUGAAACAUCAACUUUAAACACUCAAGAUACCAAUUCGAACGCGAAUCCGACCAUCACUAUCAGCCUGUCAACUCCGACAGAGGCCUCCGCCAAUACCAACAACUCCAACAACGCGCCAAAUGUCAGCAGCGUCAGUACCCACACUGGGACCUCGCCAAAUCCUCCACCAAGAUUUCUACCAGGCACCAUUUGGUCAUAUAACCAUACCCGAAAACUUGGAUCGGGCUUGGAAACAAGGGUGACCAGUCCUGGUGUGUCAUGGGUCCACCCUGAUGGAGUCGGUGUCCAGAUAGACACCAUCACACCAGAGAUAAGGGCCCUCUACAAUGUCCUGGGCAAGGUGAAGCGUGAGAGGGAUGAGUACAAACGCAGAUGGGAAGAAGAGUACACUAUGCGUGUGGACCUCCAACAAAGAAUUGGUGAUCUUCAAGAGGACCUGCAGGAGAGCGAGGUGUGCCAGGACGAGCUUGCGCUCAGGGUCCAGCAGCUGAAGGCCGAGCUCGUCCUCUUCAAGGGCCUCAUGAGCAACAAUCUGUCCGACUUGGAGAGCAAGAUCCAGGAAAAGGCGAUGAAGGUGGACAUGGACAUCUGCCGACGCAUCGACAUCACAGCUCGUUUGUGCGAUGUGGCCCAGCAGAGGAACUGUGAGGACAUGACGGGCAUGUUUCAGGUGCCCAGCACUCAGUCUGCCAUCAACUGUCGCGCUCGGAAACAAGCCCCUCAGCCAGUCAGUGGCAGUGAGACGGAUGAGCCAAUGAGCACCUCAGAUAGUGAUGGGGGUGGAGCAAAGGACGAUGACAUCUGUAGUGCUUCAGCCAAUCAGAUAAAUGAGGAAAUGCAGAGAAUGUUGUGUCAACUGAGGGAGUGUGAGUUUGAAGAUGACUGUGACAGUCUGGCCUGGGAGGAGACAGAAGAGACUCUUCUCCUGUGGGAGGAUUUCCCAGGAUGCACCUUGCCUGCUGAAACACACCCACAGGGGGAGCAGGAGGAGUGUUUGGAGAAGGUGAUUAAGGACACUGAGUGCCUGUUCAAAUCCAGAGAGAAGGAGUAUCAGGAGACCAUAGACCAGAUUGAGUUGGAGUUGGCCACGGCUAAGUCGGACAUGAACAGGCACCUGCAUGAGUACAUGGAGAUGUGCAGCAUGAAGCGGGGACUGGACGUGCAGAUGGAGACCUGCAGGAGGCUCAUCACCCAAUCUGGAGACAGUAAAUCCCCCUCUCCAGUCCCUGGAGUCGCUGGAGGCCACGUGGACGAGGGCACUGAGGAUGCGGAAAGGGCGGUGGCUCCACCCGUCGAGGCUUCCAGUAGAUAGUAGACGAGGUCGCCCAGUGUGCAGAAGAGAAGAAGACAAGACUUCCACCACCCCUCAGCCCAUGCCCUGUCAUUAGCAUCAUUCUCAUGCCACUCGGGCUUGUCUUCCAGUGGGUGCCACAUACAUACCACUUUUGCAUAGGAGGAAUUUCCUUACACUGAGCUUUUGAAGGGCAGGUAACUCUGUUUAUUAUUUAGUGGAAUCAAAUAUAUGUAUGAAUAGUAA